GACCCGACAAGUUGAAUGUGAGAGAAAAAACUGACCAGUUCUAAAGAAUAAUCUCCACCGCGAUGGACGCGAGGACGUUACUUUGUCGCUCUUUACUGUUGGCUUUUCUCUUAUGUACGAUAACAAGUGAGCCGCAAGGAUUACUGUGCUUUUGUGAGCGAUGUGCAAAUCAGACAUGCAACACAACUGGCCUGUGCUUUGUGUUUGUUACCAAGUCUGCUGGACAGAUUGUGACACAUGGUGGUCAGUGCCUCGAGAAAGACGAUCUGUAUCCAAGGGAGAGACCCUUCCAGUGCGCCCCCUUCAACAACCGCGAGCACCCGCAUUGCUGCAACACCCACAUGUGCAACAAGAACCCCAAAGUCGACUUCCCAGUGAACCGAACAGAACCCCGUUCUUUAAGUCCGGUGGCCCUGACCGUAUUGAUAGCUGUGCCCAUCUCUGUGUUGAUUGUCAUGCUGGUUCUGCUUUUGUACAUGUGCCGCAAUCACUCUAUCAUCCACCAUCGGGUGCCAAGCGAGGAAGACCCCACUAUGGACCACCCCUUCCUCGCUGACGGCACCACCAUCAAAGACCUCAUCUAUGACAUGACCACAUCUGGAUCAGGCUCAGGUUUACCAUUGCUAGUUCAAAGGACCAUCGCCAGGACCAUCAUUCUGCAGGAGAGCAUAGGAAAGGGCCGUUUCGGGGAGGUGUGGAGGGGCCGCUGGCGCGGAGAGGAGGUGGCAGUAAAGAUCUUCUCCUCCAGAGAGGAGCGCUCUUGGUUCCGUGAAGCAGAGAUCUACCAGACUGUCAUGCUUCGUCAUGAGAACAUCCUUGGUUUUAUCGCUGCAGACAAUAAAGAUAACGGCACAUGGACUCAGCUGUGGCUGGUUUCAGAUUACCAUGAGCACGGCUCGCUCUUUGACUACCUGAACAGGUACACGGUCACAGUGGAGGGUAUGAUCAAGCUCUCGCUUUCCAUCGCCAGUGGUCUGGCUCAUCUGCAUAUGGAGAUUGUGGGUACUCAGGGUAAGCCUGCAAUUGCCCAUCGUGAUCUGAAAUCCAAAAACAUUUUAGUGAAGAAAAAUGGAACAUCGUGCAUCGCUGACCUUGGCCUGGCAGUGCGCCACGAUUCUGCUACAGACACCAUCGAUAUCGCACCCAACCACAGAGUGGGCACCAAAAGGUACAUGGCCCCUGAAGUCCUAGAUGACUCCAUUAACAUGAGGCAUUUCGAGUCUUUUAAAAGGGCAGACAUCUACGCUUUGGGUCUGGUGUUCUGGGAGAUUGCUCGCAGGUGCUCGAUCGGAGGCAUCCAUGAGGACUACCAGCUCCCUUACUAUGACCUCGUCCCAUCUGACCCUUCAGUGGAGGACAUGAAGCGGCUAGUUUGUGACCAAAAACUCCGUGCCAACAUUCCAAACAGGUGGCAGAGCUGUGAGGCCCUGCGUGUGAUGGCGAAGAUCAUGAAGGAAUGCUGGUAUGCCAAUGGAGCGGCUCGUCUCACCGCACUGCGUGUGAAGAAAUCUCUGUCACAGCUCAGCCAACAAGAGGGCAUCAAGAUAUAAAGAAACUGCUUUCAUUGUCCAUGUGUACUGCCUCUCUACCCCUCCACUGAUUUAACACAGCAUGGAGGGUCACUUCAGGAGAUUCAUGUAACAUCAUGAGGGGAUUUUGAGGGAUCGGUAUUAUUUGGUAUAUACUGAGAACUGAGAAUUCUACCCAUCAUUGAGGACCACCUCGAGGAACUUUUAACACACAAUUUCACAAAACAGUGCUCAAAGCUGUACAUCCUCUAGGAUGACAGUCUGUCAUACUGCUGAAUGGUAGCUGACCUCACAACUAACCCGAGAUGGACAUUGGAAUAUUGAUAUUUGGAUGGGUGUAUGGUCAUUAUUCUGUAUAUAGCAUGUUGUUUAUAGAUGAACAUAUCUGAAAGAACUUAUUUGUAUAUAGGUGUACAUAUACGUGUCACGUUUGUUUUCCGUCUCAGUGUUUGUCACAGGAAGUGCCAUUGCUCUAAACGUGUCAUGUUUGCCAUAUUUGGUAAAAAUUGUCUUUUGAGUUGAAGUCACUAUGCCUAUUUACAUUUUUGGAUUACUUUCGUCACAAGCUAUCGUUCGCAUAUGAAAACUCCAGGGACUUGGGGGUGAUUGUUUGGGAAUGCUUUUGUAAUGUGGCUGACUGAACUUCAUCAUACCAGACAGCAACUAAACACGAAGUAAAGUGAAGCCUGGUGCAUUCAAAGACGAGUUUAGUAUAGAAUGCUGCAUAGGCUCAAAAAAGAGAUGUGGGUUGACUAGGAAAGCAAAGAAAUGGCAAUUUGAAUACAGCUCAAAAUGGCAAUAGUGCAUUUUCAAGUUGAAGCAGAAAGGACUGUAUUGUUUACGUAUUUGAUAGGUAAACUGAUGUAGCCCCAUUCAGAGUAAAUGAAAAGAUGCUGAACUUUUCUUCUAAGUACCUUAAGACGAGGACUAUGCGGUGUAUGUUGAAUGCUGUAGACGUUUCAAGGUAGUUACUGCUGAAUGGAUUUUUAAGUAGGCUAUUAGUGCUGUACAUCCAUUUUUUUAAAUGCGGUGUUCAGAUAGGCUAGGUUGCUUUUUGUUUGUUCGUAUAAUGUGGCAUCACACUUGAGGUCAAGUGUAAGUGACUGCAAUAACCGCUCUUCAUAUUGUUGUCAUAUCUGAGAGUGAAUGAAUGCACUUUAAGUCUUUAAUUUAAUUAACAAGGAAAGUUACGUGAAGACGAGUGGCUGUAUAAUCAUUUCUGUGGAUAAUUUUGAGAAAUUAUUGUUUACUUGAACAGCCAAAUAUUGUGAUUUGAACAGCCGCCACCAUUCAGUCUCCACAUGCAGCCUUCAGUUGGUUUCAGUCCAUUUGUCUUUUCUAUCAGAUGUAAAUAUCCACAACCUCAUCGACGUUUGGUUUAUACAUAUGUUGUCACUCGGGUAUCAUUUUGAACACACAGUAUUGACAGGUGUCACAGUGCUGUAGCAUCACAGCUCAAUGCUGUCACUAAAGCCACAUUAGCAUUUACUCAAUGAAUGAGUGCUCUGGUGAGGUGAACAUGGGAAGCUCCGGACUGGUGAACCCAAAGAUACAGCCAGGAAUACUUAUGCUGUGAUUUGAGAGCUGGAUUUCAAACUCACUGUGCCCUUCAGUGCAUGAUGCAAUAUAAGUGCCUCUAUUUUAUAAAGAUGUAUGUGUUCUAUUGGUUUUCUCAAACCCCAAAAUGAAGUACUGGAAUGUUUUCCUCAUAUUUAAAGGAAGUUCUUGUUACAUUGUUCUGUUUAUUCCAGUCUUGUGACAGGGUCUGUUGUUUAGUUUUUUUAGUGUGUGUGCGCAAGUCAUUCCAUAUGCUGAAAUAAAGCCUUUUCAUAUUCAGUGCCUACUCGACAGCUGGUGUACAGUAAAUGUAAAUCUUUUGGUUUGUUUGUUAAACAACAAAACAAUUUGAAAAAAAAUCAUGUCCAAGCAUAAUACCUCUCUAUUGACCAAUGCUCGAUCAUUUACCUCAGUGUAUAUAAAGGUUUUUAUUUCCUAGAUUUGACAUUUUAUUUGUACAAAGAAAUCACGUCAAAAAUGCACUUUUGCUGCGUGGUUGUAUCUUUAUUUUAUCUGUUUCUGUGGGGGGAGCUGUAUUCAAGGAUAACGUUCUUGUAUUCUUCUUAAUGUUUAAAUCACAUGUCUGUCCUUGUAAAUGAGGAUUCUUUCCUUUGUGUCUUUGGUUGUUAGCUUCAGCACAGGUCUGAAUGAGAAGUCUGUCUGUGACAUCAGUGCAGUCACACUGACAUGAAUCACAUUGUGUUACUGUAUAAAAAUAGGAAAGCUUAAAGAAUUGUUUGAGGAUAUAUUUUGUUUGCUUUUGUUUUUGGUUGGUUACAAAUCUUGUACAUUUAAUUCUGUGUUAAUAAAUAUGUACC